UGGUUAGAUCUACACUUCAGAAGAAUUGCUUUGAUAGCUGUAUGGAGAGUAGAUUUGAAUGAGGGGAGACUUCAGGCUGGGCUGGUCAGGAGGGUGCUAUUGCAAUAAUGGUUCAGGUAUGAGGUCAUGAGGGCCUAAACUGGGAGGAAGUGGGGGGGGGUCUGGGUGAUUGGAGAGAAGAGGACACAUGGGGGAAAUAUGGUGGAGAAAGAGUUGACACGAUCUGGUGGUUGGUGAUGUGGGACUGGAGUUCAGGAGAGUCAGGCUGAAGAACAUCGAGCAUGAGAUGAUAAUGAAACCCGUGGGAACUCAUGAGGUCAAGAACUAACAGCAUCUGGAGAGAAAAGAUAAGGCUCAGGACAGAGCCCUGGAGAACAUCCACAGUGGAGCCUUCCGGCUCUGCCCAUUGUCUCCCAGCCCUAGGCUGCCGGCCGGCUCAGGGAGAAGUAGCACCUUUGAAAGCUGGUUGGAUCAUCAGAGCUGGACCAGAAGGAAGAGCCCCGCGCCUGCGCCUGUAUCUGACCUCCCAGGCAGCUGGGGGCCCUGUCGGGCUGGAGCCUGAUUGGGAGCAGGAGGCAGGGGCAGCCGGCUGGCCCACAAGGACCAUGGGGAAUGGUAUGAACAAGGUUCUUCCUGGACUCUAUCUGGGCAACUUCAUUGAUGCCAAAGACCCAGACCAGCUGAGCAGGAAUAAAAUCACGCACAUCAUCUCCAUCCACGAGUCUCCCCAGCCCUUGCUGCAGUUGUAUCCUACAAAGAACUCAGGACUGGAAGUCAAGAGAUCUCAGGACAUCACGUAUCUUCGGAUCCCAGUGCCUGACACCCCUGAAGUCCCUAUUAAGAAGCACUUCAAAGAAUGCAUCAAUUUCAUCCACUACUGUCGCCUCAGUGGAGGGACUUGCCUCGUGCACUGCUUUGCGGGCAUCUCCCGAAGUGCCACCAUUGUGACAGCCUACGUGAUGACGGUGACAGGACUGGGCUGGCGCGAAGUUCUGGAGGCAGUAAAAGCAGUCCGCCCCAUCGCCAAUCCCAACCCUGGCUUCAAGCAGCAACUAGAAGAAUAUGGCUGGGGCAAUGCCCGGAAGCUUCGCAGGCAACUAGAGGAGAGGUAUGGAGAGAGUCCAUUCAACGACGAAGAGGAGAUCCGGGCCUUGCUACCCCUAUGUAAACGCUGCCGGGAGGCUCCCCAUCAGGCAGCAGAGGGUACCCUGCAGAGACUGGUCCCCCGACCCCCUCGAGAGGUCCGGAGGCCUCUCCCUCUUCUCGCCAGAGUCAAGCAGACUUUCUCCUGCAUCCCCAGGUGUCUAUCCCGGAAAGGAGGGAAGUGAUGGCUCUAAGUUAUGUCCAGAACCUUAUUUACAAAGCUGAGUUGGGUGGGAGUCAGGCUUAGGAACCAGGAGCGUCAAGGCAGAGAACUGGAAGGAUGGUCAAGAUCAGGCUACAGCAGAGACACACAGCUGGGAGCAACCUUGUGGUUUGGGCUGAUGCAGAUACCCCUGCCAGCCCGAAGAAGAACACAUCAUUCCUGGGCUUGAACUGGCUAUGCCUAUUCCUGCUGAUGGUUUCUCCUUCCCACCUGUUUGUGUCUCUCCCUUGUCUCUUGUCUCCCUCCUGUCUCCAUGUCUGUGUUGGUUGCCUCUGGCCCCUAAGUACCAUAGGGUCCAAAGGAAGGUCCUAGUCUCCCUCACCCCAUAAAAGAUGGUCCCAGAUCUGAGCUUCUGGGCCAUGCCACCUGAUUCCCUGGGUCCCACAUGUAUGGGUCUGGUGUCUGUGAGUCUGUCUCCUGUCUGCGUCUGUCUCUGUGUCCGGUCUGAUGAGGCCCUGCUGCAGUAACUGGUGCCUUAGCUCCUGGAGAGACCCAGUCUGCCUGGACUGACUGAGCCCCUGCCUUACUAAGCAGAGGAGCUCCUAGGAUUUGGAUCUGGAUAAGACCUUGGAGAUAAGAUCAUCCAGUCCCACCUCUUCAUUCUACAAAUAGGGAACCUGAAGCCCAGAGAAGUGUAGAGGGUUGUCCGAGGUAGUAGGUGGCAGAGGCAAAUUCUAAUGCAGCCCACUGACUCCAGAUUUAGAGUUCAGAGACAACAUCCCUGGGAGAAAGUGGAUCAGAGUGGGUUUGGUAUAUAGGCUGAAGGGAACCAAGGAGGAUGGGCAGAGCAAGAGAGACUGAAAAUGGGGGUGCAAGGAGAUGAUACAAUUAAAAACAGAGUGAGAAUGUACUGGCAGCCAACGAGGAGCUUUUUCUUAGUACUACAGGUAUUGUUAUCCCCAUUUUACAGAUGAGAAAGUAGCCUGAGAAAGGUUAAGUGACUCGCAUAUAACUAGUCAAUGUCAGAAGUGAGACUUGAAUACUCAUCUUAACUGACUACAAGUCUGAUACUCUUACCACUAUACUACACUGCCUCAUUUCACAGAAGGGAAAACUGAGGCCAGAAAAAGGAAGGGGCUUGCCCAAAUUUAGAACCAGAGCCAAGUUGAAGCCUUUUUCUGACUUCAAAUUUAGAGCCCUGGGAAACUCCCUAGGAACAUUAGUCUGGUCUCCAACGUCUUUCUAAUCAUCACCUCCGGUGGAGACUGGAACACUAAAGAAAGACAAUGCAUGAACAAAUGAAAUCUUUUUGGAACUUUUCUGGGGAGAGGAUUUCCUACAGCCAAGGCUGAGGUAGCAACUAAUGGGGCCCCAGAUCAAUACCUAGAGUCACCCAGGAUUCCCAAGCACCACUCCAUACACUGAAACCAGUCCAAUCCGUAACAGUGAGCCCCUAGUACUCUCACAGCUCUCACUACCCGAGCAGUCACCCUCAUUGAACUUCAUCCUUAGUCACAGAGUCCCCUUUCCCCCACUCAAAAACCUUAUCAUUUCACCAAACACUUUAAUUCAUUUUAUUUUAAAAAAAAAUAAUGUUGGUUGCUGCUUUUGACAUCACAGUCAUUUUGGGAUAUCCUCCUACAUUCCUUCCCACCUUCCCAUCAUUGAAUGUGCCCUCUCUCAUGAAAAAGAAAACCAGUUAACAAACCCAACCAAUACAAUGACUUUGUCUGGCAGUGUAUGCAACAUUCUUCCUUCAUAGUCUCCUUAUCUCUACAGAAAAGAGAGAGGUGCUUCCUCAUCUAGUCUCGGGGCCAAGAUUGGUCAUUACCAUUACAUAGAAUUGGACUUCAGUUUAGUGGGGGGUUUUGUUUGUUUGUUUACACAGACAUAGUCAUUGUAUAUAUUAUUUUCCUGUUACUUCUUUCUGCAUCGAUUCAUACAAGUUAUCCUAUGUUCUCUGAAUUCCUCAUAUUGGUUAUUUCUUACCAUGAAAUUUAUUACAUUACACACAUAUAUCACAAUUUGUUUAUCCCUUCCCCAAAGGGCACACAUUUAUUUCUAGUUUGUUUUUUUUACACCACAAAAAAAAAUGCUGCUUUAAAUUUUUUUGGCAUGCACGAGGCCUUUCUGUCUGUGAUCUCCUUGGAAUAUAUACCAAGUAAUGGAAUGUCUGGGUCAAAGGGUAUGAGGAAUUUAGGGACUUUUCUCACAUUAUUGCAAAUCAUUUUCCAUAACAGUUGGACCAAUGCACAAUUCCAUCAAUAGAGUAUUAACGUGCCUGACCUCCCAUAGUCCCUCCAACAUUGACUCUUUCUGUCUUUUGUCAUCUUUGGCAAUUUCUUGGGUGUGAGAUAAAACCUCAGUUAUUUUGGUUUA